AUGCAUCGUUUCUCCUCGCUUUUUGUUGCUUGCUCACUUUUCAUGGCCGGAGUUAUUUCUCAGGAGACAAGUUUGUCACCUGUCGUUCAUAGAUUCAAGAGGCAUUGUGGUUCUUACGGGUGUGGAAGAUCAGUCUGCCAAGAAUGUCCAUCCUGUUGUGGAAAUGAGGGACCACAACCAUUUAAUCCUGUUUUCAAUAUUCAAUUUAACUGUUGUGGAGCUCCACGUCCAUCCCCAGCUUGCUGUCCAUACGUUCCACCAGCACCUCUCCCACCACCACCACCAUCCUCCCCAUGUUGUGGACCAUCACCAGUUCCAGCCCCAUCGCCAUGCUGCCCACCUCCACCAGCUCCAGCUGCUCCAUGUUGUCCACCACCUCCACCACCAUCCCCAAUCGUCUGCUGUAAGCAAGCGCCAGUUCCAGAGAACCCGUGUUGCCAAGCAGUCGCUGCCGUGAUUCCACCAACAGCAUCCUCCCCAGCUUGCUGUGUCGCUGCACCUGUUCCAGCCAACCCAUGUUGUCAACCAGCACCGAAACCAAUGUCAUGCCAAUGCUCGGCCCCAAGACCGGUACCAUGCAGAUGUGGAGCUCCACCAAUUUCCAUCGACUGUCCAAACUGUGAUAUGCCUGCUCCAAGGUGCUCUAUGAUGUCUCCAAUGGAAUGUUCAAUGAGAAGAAUGAGAAGAGAUGUUCAUCAACAAAUUCUGCAACAUUUCCAUAGAGUUCAAUAG